GAGGGUGGUGUAUAAAGAUAAAUAACCAUGACGGUGAAGGUGGUGGCGGUGUUUCUUAUCAGGCAGGCAUUCUAAUGAUAACACAAUACAACGAUAAGAUAAAACAACACUCGAUCACUACCUACACUACUUCCUGAGAUAUUUUCUCCCACCAACACCACCCUUGCCACCAACACCAUCACCACCACUAUUAAAACACCGGUACCUUUAUGACCGCACUCCGCAGCAUCACCACCACCAUCACCACCACCACCAGAUACUCCUUUCUCUCCCUCCCGCCUCCCACUGACCUCGAUGGCGGCCAGGGAGAGUCGCAACAAGUCGAGGGAAAAGGAAUCGAACGCCAGGUAGAUAAGCCCUUGUCAUGCCAGGCGGGCCAGGGUGACGUGAGCCUCCAUAGUAAUCGGCAAACCUACGCCGUCUCGGACAUGCUUAGCACACAUACCCUCCCAGGCUGGCUAAGGCGGUGCGCCGGUGUCCACAAGUGUUCCUGUCAGAGCUGGAUGUACUGGUUGUGCUGCCGAGUGAGCGAGUGACAUCUCUUGUGACUGAGUUCAUUAUAUUAUUACACAAAAUCUUGCAAAAAAUCAACACUAAUGAUUAUUAGAGUGUAGAGUGAGAAACAUAUGAAUUUCUGGAUUUCUACGAGUGAAGUUAAUUAUUGUACCUUGUGCAAAUAAUUGCCGACAUAGAUAUUCACAAUAAUUGAAAAUUAAACUAGAAUUUUUACAUCCAGGAGUGUUGUUGGGAGUGAGUGCAUUGAAAAAUGUAGCAAAGAUUGAGGUUUGGACCUUCUCCCCACCAGAGUGCCUGGUUUUCCGUCACGGACAUGCCAACACUGCAAUCUUGUCCUUGGUGAACUAGAACCAGUUCUAUAUAUGACCUUUUACCACUUAGGCGGGCAGACAAACUGUUGUAUGAGGUCUGCGUGUUGGCAUUUGAGUAUUGCGAGAGGCAGGCUCGUGUCCAGAGCAGAGGAGAAAGUGCGGGUUCUCGGAGAACGUCGGCUGCUGGAUCAGCUGCUGGACAACUCAAGCAGUGGUGUAAAGAUCAGUAGGGCAACACUACUCUCAGUUUUAUGCAACAAACGAGUCGCCACCACUGUUAAGACGGCGGCCGGCGGGGCGUCCUGCUGCUCCUGCCGCUGCUCGUGAAAAUAUAUAAAGCGUCGUGACACUUCACUGAGAGAGACGACCUGUGUGCUCACGGUCGAGUGUUAAGAAAUCGUGAGAAACAGGAAGACAUGAAUCGUGUGUCUGAGUGCAAAAUAUGAGAGCAAUGACAGGUGAAGCUCCGGGAAAAGUUCGCCGUUUCAAUUGCGAGUGAAAGGAAGGGUAUAGUCGUGUGUGUAUGGUGACAGGCUGGAAAAGUGGCAUGGCAGUGUGGAAGCAGUGCAGAAGGCAGACAUAAGGAGGCACAAUGGCAGUGCAGUGGCGGGAGACCAGCUUUCUUCCCACCCACUCGGCAUCCAGGGUGAGAGUCCCUAUAGACUUUGAAGUCGAGGAACCUGAGGAAGAACUUGACUUUAUCCUUGAGGUCGAAACAGCUAUUGAACCAACAAGGGUGGAAAUUUCUGAGGAAUUCUCGAGCACUGAGAACGAAGAUGAAGCACAGAUCACCGUACUCCAGGCUAGACCAGACACCAAGUCGGGUGCGGCAAAGGAGGCCACACCAGUGACUCUGGAACAGCUGCAAAAUGAGAUCCACAUGAUGCAAAAUGAGGCAAGGGUGCUGCGUGACCUUAUAGAGAACAGUGAGAGCUCAGUAGGAGAGGUGGCGCACAGUGCAGUGGAGUCGUGGCAGCAAGGAAAUGUCUUUGAGAGCGUGAGAAGGAGGGCUGAAGCAGGGAUGAUCGCUGUCGAUGUCACUCCCAACACAAGUCAAGUUGUGUUCCACCGCCAGUUCACCGAGCAGGUUGUCACACGCCAACGCUCUCCUUCUAAGCAACAAAGACGAUCCCAUGGUAACAACAGUAGUGACGGUAAUUACAGCAGCUCCUCCCCAGAGUCUCCACGUCUUACAGAGGUAAGAGCUGUGACUUACCAACCUGUUGCAGGAAGCACAUCACGAGAGACACAUAAGGAGAACGAGGCCAUAAAAAGAGCAAAUAAAGACAACACAACAAAUCUCCCAUCCAUAUCGAGCCAAGUGGCAGGCGAGGUGGUAAGAAAGAAACCUAACACUGAGAAAGAAGAUGGAGACAACUCAUACGCGGAGACACAAACUACUGAGCAACCUCUUUCUGUAGAGCCAGCUGAAGAAGACUCAGCAACAGAUGAUUCACUUAAGGACGGAAGAGUCAUGAAUGAACCAAUUAGAGGACCCAGAGUCGUAUAUGAGCUAAGGAAACAAGAUAGUUUUACUGACAAACCAAUCAAGAUAGACAACACCAAUAAUGAAGCAAUUAGCCAAAACACAAUAACAAAUGAGCCAGACAGAGAAGAUGCAGCUUUAGAAAACGCAGAAAGGAGACAAUCAACACAAGGAGAAGCAAACAGGGAACACUCUGUUGAAGACUCCUUUUCACCGGAGGAACCAGAUGACAUGGACGCAAAUAAUGGCCGCAGGUCUCGCAGCUCGUACCACAACAUGGUGGAAGAAAUGGGCUUUGCUUCCUCCGAAGACAACCUCUCCGACGAAUGGAAGGAAGAAGAUUUUGCUGAUGAAGUUAAUAACAGAGACACCAAUGACUCCCCAAACUUAGGUGAAACAACAGAAUUCACAUACUUGACAGAGAAUGAUAAUGAUUUGGCAAUGGAGGCGCUCCAACAACAAGAGUCUUCUGAGAUAUCAGGAGAGAUGAAAGCUUCUGGAAUUAAAAUGGAGCGAACAUCUGAUGCAUUAGAAGGAGAGAUGGAAGCUGUUGAGAUGGAAAAGGAGCCAACGUCUCCAGAAAUACCAGGAGAGAUGCAAGCUUGUAAAGUGAAAGGAGAGGAAAAAGCGUCUCCCGAAGUACCUGAAAAAGAGAUGCAAAAAUCUGGAGUGAAACAGGAGAAAACGCCACCUGAAGUUCCAGAAGGAAAGGUGGAAACUUCUAAAACGAUAAAGGAGAGAGAGUCUCCUGAAAUACCAGAACAAGUUAUGGAAACUUCUCAAGUGACAAAGGAGCGAGUGUCUACUGAAGUAUCAGAGAGAGAAAUGAAAGAUCCUGCUGCGAAAAAUGAAAGAGCGUCUCCUGAAAUACCACAAGUGAAGAUGAAAGCUUCUGGAGUGAAAAAGAAGAAAAAGAAGCAUAAGAGUUCCUUAGGUGUGGAGACAGUAGUGAAACCUUAUCUAGAGACCAAUCUUGAUAAUCCUGUCUUGUUCUACUUGGAGAAGGAGACCGAGUCUAAAUCUUCAGCAAAGUCUGAGUCGUCUGGUGAAGGCAGUGACAAAACUUCCGAACUAGAUCUCCUUAAAUCUGACACAGAGAAAGGGCAACAAGUUGAAGAAACAGCUAACUUAAGACUUGAAAAUGUAACAGAACACGAAUUACAACAACCUCUCAAACACAACACUGAAAACGUGAAACUUGAACCGUUAAAUGAACCCAAGCAAGAGGCAACAACAAAAGUGGACAAUCAAGAAGUGUUAUCUGACUCUCUACCUGUUCUUGUGGAUCAGAGUCAGUCUGAAAUAACUUCUCAGUCAAAUGACCAGUCACACGCUGCAGCUUUGAAUACCGCUACGCCCCCAGCGGCUGAUGAAAAUCCUGAUGUGGAGUCGACAAAGAAAACAAAUCGUCGAGCAAAAUCAUGCAGCAGGAAACGGCCCACUCAGAAGCCGCCACUACCACCUCCCAGAACAGCAUCACUCACACCGAAUCUGGGGUUGCUUACUUCCAAUGUAGAGUCAUCUACAGAAGAGCGGUCACCAUGUCAUACAAGAUCACUUUCAUACACUGGCUCAUCCUCUCCACAUCCUGAGACGCCCCCAAGGUCACUGAAUUCAUCCCUGACUUCCUUGGAGUCGGAAUCUGCUGUAGUAGAUGACGUGGUACACCUGAGAGAGAAACCAAGGAGAGAUGAGGCAACAUUAGAGAGACUUAAGCGGGUCUCUGCUGUGUACGAAGAGCUGGAGAUGAUACCUAUUCCACAAGUUCCUCCACCGCCUCCAAAAGAUAACAUGGAAAUUGAGGCCUCUGUCUCAGCAUCUCCCGAGGUCACUCAAAACAACAUUCGGUAUGUCUCCUUAGCACAUCUGAGGAACCUGUAAAAGAAUUCCCCCAGAUCAUCUCAAUUGCCUCUCCCUCAGCUAGUCUAGAAGCCACAAGUGAACUGCUUUCUGAUUCUAAUUUGAAAGAAGGCUGUAAUGAGAUUUCAACUAAGGACUCUUAUUUGAUCCUCUCCAGCAAUCACGCAUCAGAAAAGUCAGUGUCAUCCUCUCUGGAGCACUUUGCAACCACUGAGGAAUCCCAGUCACCACCAGCACCUCAGAAACAAGAAUCAAUUCCUUCAAUUGAUUCAGA